AUGGAGGUCCGCUGCACGAGGUCGCAUGAAGCCGACCUGUACGCCUGUGUCGACAAGGAAGCGUAUCCCGGUAUGUCGGUUGGUAAGGAAGAACAGGCGAGUUGGUUGUGGCGAGCUGGACACGGGCGUCGCCUGGCCCGGUCGGCUUAUCGGUUUCCCGACCUAAGGGAGUGGGUUCGCGGUGUAAGGCACCUCUUCGCUGCGUCACCGCAUCGACGGUGA